AUGAUGGAAGCAGCGGAUCAGGAAGACUUGGUCCAAGAGGCAGAUGAAGAAGGGGUGCCACCUGCUGGAGUGAACAACGAACUGCAGGACGUGGUUCCAGACGACAACAUGGAGGAGCAGAUGGAGGAGUUUCUGGGCCCGCAGCCGGAGUACAAUGAGGAGGAGGAGGAGAGGAAGUACUAUAGAAGGAAGCGGCUGGGCGUGAUCAAGAACGUGGUCUCUGCCAGCGUCGCAGCCAUGAUCGUAUAUGGAGUUUACAUGGGUCUGCUACAAAUGCAGCUGCUGCUCCAUUACGACAUGACGUAUCGUGAGGUGAAGUACAGUAACCUGGGGCUGCAGAACAUCGACCAGAAGAUGAUGUGGGGGAUCAACAUCACGCCCAUCAUCAGCCUGCUCUACACGCCGCUGCUCAUCAGAUUUUUAGGCACAAAGUGGAUGAUGUUUCUGGCCUCGGGGAUCUACGCCCUCUUUGUGUCCACGAACUACUGGGAGCGCUUCUACACCCUGGUGCCCUCCGCCGUGGCCAUCGGAACAGCCAUCGUGCCUCUGUGGGCCUCACUGGGACACUACAUGACGAGGAUGGCCCAGCAGUACUACGAAUAUGCGAAUUACAAAGAGGAGCACGUCCAGGAGCAGAAGAAACUCCCGAAAGGCGCCUGUCACAAAUACAUCAUAGUGUUCCACUCAGUCUUCCACAUCAUCUUCAACCUGAGUUUUGUCUUCGCACAGUUCCCCAUGCGCUUCGUCCUGCAUGACAAAAUCAUAGACAACACAUCGCACAUACUCUGCAACGUCAAGGCUUGUGGUGCCGACAUCAAAGGAUUGAUCCCUGGGUUUAAUACAACCGUGUUAUCCAGCCUGCCCCGAUCCAUGCUGCUGAUUGAAGUUGAAAGCGUUCUCAUGGGAUUUGCCUUUUUGUCUAUGAUCAUGUUCCUGGUUUUAUGUGGUCCGGCUUUCCGUCCGACUGAGGAGAUUGACCUGCGCAGUAUCGGUUGGGGGAACAUCUUUCAGCUGCCGUUCAAGCACCACAGGGACUACCGCCUCAGACUGCUCUGUCCCUUCUUCAUCUACAGCGGAUUUGAAAUCGUGUUUGUCGUGUCUGGAUUCUCCCUGUCCUACGGCGUCUGCGCACUGGGGUUGAAGAAGUUAUGGCUCAUUGUUGUGAUCUACGGUCUCUCCGCCUCCGUCUUCUCCUCCUUGUCCUUGUUCCUGCUGCGCCUGCCCCGGUACGUGUGCCUCCUAGGGGGCGCUGUGGUGCACGGGGUUCUCCUUAUCGCCCUGAUGGCCUUCUCCCCAACACCAGGAGGAAACAAGUGCGGAACAGUGCCACCUGAGAACAGCCCAGAUUAUAUGGCGUCCAUCCUCAUCAUCGCCGCCCUGUGGGGCCUCGGCACGGCGCUGAACAAGACGGGAGUCGGGAUUCUGGUGGGGAUAUUGUACGCUGAGGAAAAAGAGCGUCUUGACUUUGUGUACACCAUCUAUCACUGGCUGCAGGCGGUGGCCAUUUUCGUGGUGUAUUUGUGGGCCGAUAUGGCGAUGAGGAUCAAACUCGGUGUCCUCUUGGUGACGUUGUUGCUGGCCUCGUAUUGUUACAUUGUGAUGGAGAGAAGGCUGGUCAAUAAAGUGCCCUACAGGCUGCCGAGAAUUCCCCGUCCAAAACACAAGGUCAAAGGUUACCGCUAUCUGGAAGAGGAAAACUCGGAUGAGUCAGACCCGGACAAGAGUGACCAAUCUGACGAAGACACCGAAGAAGAGGAAGAGACGGACACGGAGGACGAGGAGCAUGUGCCCGGAGAGGAGGACCUCGGAGGAGCUCGAGGACACGACUCACCCAGGGUUCACCGGCGUCUGUCAUGGGAGGAAGAGAAGGAGAGGAAGAGGGAAGAGAAAGGGAGGAUGAGGAGGGCUGUGGAGGGGGGCAGAGAGGCUGAGGAAGAGGGCAGAGUAGGAUGA